GACAGCUCGAAUCUGAUUGGUUGUUGCGGUUUGAAGCCUUGGAGAUGGUGUUCAUGGCUACCUGACUGUAUUUGUACUCUAAUGGAGUUCUGAAGGGGAUAUGAAUAUGGAUGCAGAACUCAAAGGCUGUUUUAGAUCUACAAGACAUUAAUGAACGGGACACAGGAGCGUCUGACGCCCGUACUGCGAGAUGUGACAGGAUGCUGAACCAUCACUGCAGAAGGAACCCAGAGUUACAGGAGGAGCUGCAGAUCCAGGCGGCGGUGGCGGCCGGCGAUGUCUACACUGUCCGCAAGAUGCUGGAGCAGGGCUACUCGCCCAAGAUCAGAGACGCCAACGGCUGGACGCUGCUGCACUUCUCUGCGGCGAAGGGCAAGGAGCGAUGCGUGCGCGUGUUCCUCGAACACGGAGCGGACCCCACAGUGAAGGAUUUUAUCGGAGGCUUCACAGCUCUGCAUUAUGCUGCCAUGCACGGCCGUGCCCGCAUCGCCCGCCUCAUGCUGGAGUCCGAGUAUCGCAGCGACAUCAUCAAUGCCAAGAGCAAUGACGGCUGGACUCCUUUGCACGUGGCGGCCCACUACGGCCGCGACUCCUUCGUGCGUCUCCUCUUAGAGUUCAAAGCCGAGGUGGACCCGCUCAGCGACAAAGGCACGACGCCGCUCCAGCUGGCCAUUAUCCGCGAGCGCUCCAGCUGUGUGCGCAUUCUGCUCGACCACAAUGCCAACAUAGACAUUCAGAACGGCUUCUUGUUGCGUUACGCCGUCAUCAAGGGCAACCACUCGUACUGUCGCAUGUUCCUGCAGCGGGGAGCGGACACUAACCUGGGCCGGCUGGAGGACGGACAGACGCCGCUGCACCUGUCGGCCCUCAGAGACGAUGUGCUGUGCGCUCAGAUGCUGUACACGUACGGGGCCGAUACCAACACACGCAACUACGAGGGCCAGACCCCCGUGGCUGUUUCCGUCAGCAUGUCUGGCAUCAGUCGGCCCUGUCUGGACUUCCUGCAGGAGGUCACAAGGCAACCCAGGACUUUGCAGGAUCUGUGCAGGAUAAAGAUCCGGCAGUGCAUCGGCUUGCAGAGCCUAAAGUUUCUGGAAGAUCUGCCCAUUGCCAAGGUCAUGAAGGACUACCUUAAACACAAGUUCGACAAUGUUUGACGGAAGCCAACAAACUCAUUUCUGUAGGUUCCCUUAAGACUCUAUGCAAACUCUCUUUUUUCAUUUCUACUCAAAACCUCUGGGAGCAGGUGCAGCGUUUUGUACAAGCGGAGUGAAAAAGCUUAUUUACAGAGAAACGACUGUGGAUCGGGGAGCACUGUAAUGGCCACGUUUGAUUCGUUCGUAGAAGGUGUCCUUUCAUGCAUGCCUGGAGAAAUUCCUGACCCAUGAGAGAAGAAAAACGCGAUGUUUGAUUUGUACCAAUAUCUUUUUUUGUUUCAACAAGGCCUUUGUCAGUAUUUGACGUUUUCUAUCGUCUAAAUUCUCAGACAAGGAAAAUAUAAAAACCCUUUUAAACUAUCAAGACAAAUUGGCAAAUAUUCAGGCCACUCUCACAAUUUUGUAUGCAUGUGCUAUUGUCCUUUUUUGCUCGGGAGAAAUUCUUUGGUCUAUUAAGUUAUUAACCCUCUGUUGAGAAUCCAAUUCAUACCUAAAAAA